AUGGCGAGCUGCCAGGUGCAGGGUGAGCCCGAGCUCUACGGGCUGGGCAUCCGAGUCGCGUUCUACAUCCAAUGGUUCGGCGCCAUUGUCGUCGAAUACCUCGAGGUGGCCGACCUGCCCGACAUGCGCCUGCUCGGCCUCUUGUUCUCGGCCGCCGCCUUCAUCGGUCUCGUCAUCAAGCUGUGCGUCGCCACGCUGCAGCCCGCCGACGUCUACAUCGUACUCCUUCUGGCCAUGGGCAUCUACAUCUUCCUCGUCCCGUUAUACAUAUGGAAAGCAGUGACCUGCUUCAGACCCUACUGGGACCCCUUCCGAUGGUCCAAAGAGACGCCGAGUCCCGCUUUCAAGGGGCUCAACUUCACCCUCCUUCUGGCCAUCACUUCGCUGGCCAUCUGGUACUGGUGUUCUUUCGUGCCGGAGAACCCGUGCUCUUCGGAGCAAUACGGGUUCCUCUUCAGUCGCAUCAGCCUAGGAAACAAGGGCUUCAUCGCCUUCAACGCCAUAAUGUACUUCAUCAUCCUAUUGGCCUGCGUACUGAUCCUGCUGCUCAAGAUUGGCUGGAAGGUGCCCUAUUGGCGCGAGAGGCGGAAGAAGCGAAGGGUCAAGAAAACGCACAUCAUGGCAGUCGAAGAGCUCAGGACGCUGAGCAACAUCGCCGUCGCCGCAAUCCUCACGGCCGCCGUCGAGCUUGCCGUCUCAUGGAACGACAUCUCCAAUGCGAAUAACGUUUCCGAUAUUGCUCAGAUCCUGCCCCUCCUCGUCAGCGCCGGGUUCCUGGUGCGGAUGUUGUUCUUGCACUUCGCAGGCGCGAGCGGAGGAUCGGACUCCUCUGGGGAAGAGAGCGACGAGGGGUCCCAUAGCUACAUGACGGAGUCGCCAGGCGGAAUGCCUCCGGUACCGCCUCCUGCUCACCCACGACGGUAG